UUUGCUUUCAAAAUUUUGUCAUAUGAUGCUUUACCUACCUCGCCUGAGUAGCUCCCUCCGGGAUCCCGUCGAUGUCGAUCAAGCGUAUCUUCAACGCAAGAUCAUCCUCCAAAACAACAACUCCAAGCCCCGUCGUUCUGGAAACCCUCUGGAUGAGUCAGAGCUUGCAAGGAAGAUAGUUCAUGGAUGGGAACAAGCAUCAGCAGAAGUGCGGCAAGUGUAUAAGCAGUUUGUUGGGGCAGUGGUCGAGCUCAUUGAUGCUGAGAUGCCCUCUGAAGAGUUCCAUGAGGUGGCAUUGACUGCUUAUCGUCUUUUUGGUGUCUCACUGGAAGAUGAUAGUGAUAAAAAGAUAUCUGAGAAGAGGCAAGAAUUGCAAAAAGUGAUUGGUCAUGCCAUUUCUGAUGCAAACAUGAGGAAAGUAGCUUCUCUAUCUCAGCAGCUAUUGGGCUUUCAACCUGAUGGUCAUGUCUUAGAAAAGCAUGUAAAUGGGAUUGGUGAUGAGGUGGAAUUUGGAGCUGACCUUGAUUUCCAAGCACCAGCUCGGUUUUUGCUGGAUGUUUCCUUGGAUGGUGGGGAAUUAUUGGAUGAGGAAAGUGGAGGGCCUUCUUCUUCCUUGAGUGAAGAAUGGUAUGAACAGAAUGACUCCACUAAUUUUCAUUCUGGUUCUGAUGGGGGGAAAUUCAAUUUGAGUUGGUUAAGAGAUUCUUGUGAUCGGAUAGUUAGGGCUAGUACUUCACAGCUCUCUCGAGAUGAACUGGCAAUGGCCAUAUGCAGGGUACUUGAUUCAGACAAACCUGGAGAGGAGAUAGCUGGCGACUUGUUGGACCUUGUAGGUGAUAGUGCUUUUGAAACCGUGCAAGACCUUAUAACGCACCGAAAGGAACUUGUUGAUGCUAUCCAUCGUGGAUUGACAGUACUGAAAUCUGAGAAAGUAAAUCCAAACUCUCAAUCACGUAUGCCCAGUUAUGGAACUCAGGUUAUUGUUCAAACAGAGUCCGGGAAGAAAAUUGAUAAACUUCGGCGCAAGGAGGAAAAGCGAAAUAAACGUGGAACUGAGUAUGGGGUUGAGAGUGAGAUGUUAACUACAAGCUUUUCUUCCUUACUUCAAGCAAGUGACAGGAGAAGUCCGUUUGAUGAUUUGAUUGGCUCUGGACAAGGGCCUCACUCAUUACCAGUAACUGCUCUUCCUCAAGGAACUGUUAGGAAGCAUUAUAAGGGGUAUGAGGAGGUUAUUAUUCCCCCAACCCCAACUGCUCCAAUGAAACCCGGGGAAAAGCUGAUUGACAUAAAGGAACUUGAUGAUUUUGCCCAAGCUGCUUUCACUGGCUAUAAAUCUCUGAAUCGGAUUCAAAGUCGUAUUUUUCAAACAGUUUAUUACACUAAUGAAAAUAUACUAGUUUGUGCUCCAACAGGAGCAGGAAAGACAAACAUAGCCAUGAUUUCUAUUUUACAUGAGGGUGUGCCUUCCACCUUGCUCCUUCUUUAUGUUCUUCCACCUUCAUCCUUUGAUAACAUUGCAUCUCAUACUGUACUAUAUAACGUGCCAAGAAAUCCAUGCAUGGAAAAUAUUUUUUUGCAGAUUGGACAGCAUUUCAAGGAUGGCUACUUGCACAAAGAUGAAUUUAAGAUUGUUUAUGUUGCUCCAAUGAAGGCAUUAGCAGCUGAGGUUACAUCAGCAUUUAGUCGUCGAUUAGCUCCUUUAAAUAUGACUGUGAGAGAACUUACAGGAGACAUGCAACUUUCAAAGAAUGAACUUGAAGAGACUCAGAUGAUAGUUACAACACCUGAAAAGUGGGAUGUUAUAACUCGCAAAAGUAGUGAUAUGUCGCUCUCAAUGCUGGUUAAGCUCUUAAUUAUAGAUGAAGUGCAUCUUCUGAAUGAUGACAGAGGCCCUGUAAUUGAGGCAUUGGUAGCUAGGACACUCCGUCAGGUGGAGUCAACGCAGACAAUGAUUCGAAUUGUGGGCCUUUCAGCCACUCUACCUAAUUACUUAGAGGUUGCACAGUUCCUGAGAGUGAAUCCAGAGACAGGCCUCUUCUUCUUUGACUCCAGUUAUCGUCCUGUGCCUCUUGCUCAGCAGUACAUAGGAAUUAGUGAGCAGAACUUUGCAUCUCGCAAUGAAUUGUUAAAUGAGAUAUGUUAUAAGAAGGUUGUUGAUUCAUUAAGGCAAGGUCAUCAGGUAAUGGUAUUUGUUCAUUCACGUAAGGAUACAGCAAAAACGGCAGAGAAACUGGUUGAACUUGCCCGGAAGUACGAUGACCUGGAGAUUUUCAGCAACGAAACCCAUCCACAGUUUUCCUUAAUCAAGAAGGAAGUUGUUAAGUCCAGAAACAAAGAUCUUGUGGAACUUUUUGAAUUUGGGUUUGGUGUUCACCAUGCUGGGAUGUUACGUGCCGAUCGAGGUCUUACUGAACGGCUCUUCUCUGAUGGAAUCUUGAAGGUUCUUGUUUGCACAGCAACUUUGGCAUGGGGGGUUAAUCUGCCUGCUCAUACAGUUGUCAUAAAGGGUACCCAGUUGUAUGAUCCAAAGGCUGGUGGGUGGCGUGAUCUGGGCAUGCUUGAUGUUAUGCAGAUCUUUGGAAGGGCAGGUAGACCUCAGUUUGAUAAAAGUGGUGAAGGCAUCAUAAUUACGUCUCAUGACAAACUAGCCUACUACCUGAGAUUGUUAACAAGUCAACUCCCUAUAGAAAGUCAGUUUAUUAGCUCGAUGAAAGACAAUUUAAAUGCAGAAGUGGUCUUGGGUACUGUGACUAAUGUCAAGGAGGCUUGUGCAUGGCUUGGGUAUACCUAUCUUUUUAUCAGAAUGAGGUUAAAUCCUCUUGCAUAUGGCAUUGGAUGGGAUGAGAUUAUUGCAGAUCCUUCUUUGAGUUUAAAACAAAGAGCUCUGGUGACAGAUGCUGCACGUGCGCUUGACAAAGCUAAAAUGAUGCGCUUUGAUGAGAAAAGUGGCAAUUUUUAUUGUACAGAACUUGGUCGCAUUGCAAGUCACUUUUAUAUCCAAUAUUCUAGUGUCGAAACUUACAAUGAAAUGUUGAGACGCCACAUGAAUGACAGUGAGGUGAUUGAAAUGGUUGCUCACUCCUCUGAAUUUGAAAAUAUUGUGGUUCGAGAAGAGGAGCAGAAUGAACUAGAGAUGUUAGCACACACAUCUUGCCCAUUAGAGGUUAGAGGUGGUCCUUCAAACAAACACGGAAAAAUUUCAAUUCUCAUUCAGUUGUACAUAUCUCGUGGCUGCAUAGAUGCUUUUUCAUUGGUAUCUGAUGCUGCAUAUAUAAGUGCUAGUUUGGCUCGUAUUAUGCGUGCUUUGUUUGAAAUUUGUUUGCGUAGAGGUUGGUGUGAGAUGUCUCUGUUUUUGCUGCAAUAUUGCAAAGCCGUCGAUCGCCAAAUCUGGCCCCAUCAACAUCCUCUCAGACAAUUUGACAAGGAUAUCUCACCAGAAAUACUGAGGAAGCUUGAAGAACGAGGAGCUGACUUAGAUCGCCUGCAGGAGAUGGAGGAAAAAGAUAUUGGAGCUUUGAUUCGUUAUGGACCCGGGGGAAGGUUGGUUAAGCAAUAUGUAGGAUAUUUCCCAUGGAUCCAGUUAUCAGCAACUGUAAGUCCUAUAACCAGGACCGUUCUAAAGGUGGAUUUGCUUAUAACUCCAGACUUUAUAUGGAAAGAUCGUUUUCAUGGUUCUGCACAACGUUGGUGGAUACUGGUUGAGGAUUCUGAGAAUGACCAUAUCUACCACUCGGAGCUGUUCACUUUGACAAAGCGGAUGGCUAGAGGGGAACCUCAAAAGCUUUCCUUUACAGUACCAAUUUUUGAACCACACCCACCACAGUACUACAUUCAUGCUAUAUCUGAUUCUUGGUUGCAUUCAGAGUCUUUCUACACUAUAUCGUUCCAAAAUCUAACACUCCCUGAGGCUCGUACCACACACACAGAGCUUCUAGAUUUGAAACCUCUGCCUGUGACUUCCCUUGGAAACAGCACUCAUGAAUCCUUGUACAAAUUUUCACAUUUUAACCCAAUACAAACACAGAUCUUUCAUGUCCUGUAUCACACGGAUAAUAAUGUUCUCUUGGGAGCACCAACUGGAAGUGGGAAAACCAUAGCCGCUGAGCUUGCUAUGCUGCACCUUUUCAAUACUCAGCCUGAUAUGAAGGUUAUUUACAUAGCACCUUUGAAGGCUAUUGUACGGGAAAGAGUGAAUGAUUGGAAGAAGCGUCUUGUCUCUUUGCUUGGGAAGGAGAUGGUUGAAAUGACUGGAGAUUAUACUCCUGAUUUGAUGGCCCUCUUGUCAGCUGACAUCAUUAUAUCUACUCCAGAGAAGUGGGAUGGUAUUAGUCGUAAUUGGCAUAGUCGAAGCUAUGUCACAAAGGUUGGCCUUAUGAUAUUGGAUGAGAUUCACUUACUGGGAGCUGAUCGAGGGCCCAUCCUUGAGGUUAUUGUUUCGAGGAUGAGAUACAUUUCAUCCCGAACAGAGCGGGCAGUACGGUUUGUUGGCCUUUCUACUGCUUUGGCAAAUGCAGGUGAUUUGGCUGAUUGGUUGGGUGUUGGAGAAACUGGACUCUUCAAUUUUAAGCCAAGUGUGAGGCCUGUUCCGCUUGAAGUUCAUAUCCAGGGAUAUCCUGGCAAGUAUUACUGUCCACGGAUGAACAGCAUGAAUAAACCAGCAUAUGCAGCAAUAUGCACUCAUUCACCAACAAAGCCAGUUCUCAUUUUUGUUUCUUCUCGGCGCCAAACAAGGCUCACUGCUCUGGACCUUAUUCAGUUUGCAGCUUCGGAUGAAAAUCCGAGGCAGUUUUUGAGUAUGGCAGAAGAAGAAUUGCAGAUGAUUCUUUAUCAGGUCAUGGAUCAGAACCUGAGGCACACUUUACAAUUUGGCAUUGGGUUGCAUCAUGCUGGACUGAAUGACAAGGAUAGAUCUGUGGUUGAGGAACUUUUUGCAAACAAUAAAAUUCAGGUGUUGGUUUGUACAAGCACACUUGCAUGGGGUGUAAACCUUCCAGCUCAUCUGGUUAUUAUCAAGGGAACAGAGUAUUAUGAUGGAAAAGCAAAGAGAUAUGUAGAUUUCCCUAUUACAGAUAUCUUGCAAAUGAUGGGCCGUGCAGGACGCCCACAAUAUGAUCAACAUGGAAAGGCAGUCAUUCUUGUUCAUGAACCCAAAAAAAGCUUUUACAAAAAGUUUUUAUAUGAACCAUUCCCGGUUGAAAGUAGUCUGAGGGAGCAGUUGCAUGAUCAUAUUAAUGCUGAGAUUGUUUCUGGAACCAUUUGCAACAAAGAAGAUGCAGUACAUUAUCUCUCUUGGACCUACUUAUUCCGUAGGCUGAUGGUUAAUCCAGCCUACUAUGGUUUGGAGAGUACAGAAGAUGAAAUGCUAAGUUCUUACUUAUCCAGAUUAGUGCAAAGCACCUUUGAGGAUCUGGAAGACAGUGGUUGCAUCAAGAUGACUGAAGACAAUGUUGAGCCUAUUAUGUUGGGUACAAUAGCAUCACAAUACUACCUUAGCUACUUGACUGUUUCGAUGUUUGGAUCGAAUAUAGGCCCAGAUACAUCUCUUGAAGUGUUUUUGCAUAUUCUGUCUGGAGCUUCUGAAUAUGAUGAACUUCCUGUGCGGCAUAAUGAGGAAAACUAUAAUGAAGCAUUGUCCAAGAGAGUUCGGUAUAUGGUGGAUCAGAGUCGCCUUGAUGAUCCACAUGUCAAAGCAAACCUCCUCUUCCAGGCACAUUUUUCUCAGUUAGAUUUGCCAAUCAGUGACUAUGUCACUGACCUAAAGUCUGUUUUGGACCAAAGCAUACGCAUUAUUCAGGCCAUGAUAGAUAUAUGUGCCAACAGUGGAUGGCUCUCAAGCUCAAUGAUGUGCAUGCAUCUUUUGCAAAUGGUCAUGCAGGGUAUGUGGUUUGAUCAAGAUUCUGCCUUGUGGAUGUUGCCAUGCAUGAAUGAUGAUCUUGCGGGCUUAUUGAAGAAAAGAGGAAUUUCCAAAGUGCAGCAACUAUUGGAUCUUUCAAAGGCAGCAUUGCAAGAUGUGAUUGGAAACUUCCCUGCUUCAAAACUAUAUCAGGAUCUGCAACAUUUUCCUUGUAUUCAAUUGAAUUUAAAACUUCAGAAGAAAGAAGUUGAUGGUCAGGGGUCUGUUAUACUGCACAUCAAAUUGCAGAAGAAAAAUUCCAAGCGGAACAUAUCAAGGGCAUUUACCCCCAAAUUCCCUAAGGUUAAAGCUGAAGCAUGGUGGUUGGUUCUUGGUAAUACCUACACAGCCGAACUCUAUGCUCUGAAGAGAGUUUCCUUUUCUGAUCGCUCCAGUACCCACAUGGAGUUGCCAUCAAAUUUGACCACUUUUCAGGGGUUGAAACUGCUCUUAGUUUCAGAUUGUUAUCUUGGUUUUGAACAAGAGCACUCCAUUGAAGAAAUUGCUGAAAGUCAGCAAUUGGUACCAUAACAAAGAGUGAAGAUAACAUUUUUGGAAAUUCCAGAUUUCACUGUGCAGCGACAGCUUGGAUAGACCUCAUCUGUAGAUAGCUUACCGAUAUACGUAUAAACCAUCCAUUAAGCAUUUGCUUUAACAGCUGUUGAUUGGAAAAAAAAAAAAAAAUUGCGUUGUCAUCUUCAGCUAUGGACAUCAUAUGGAUGUUAAAUUAUUUUAGUAUAGACACUAGUGCUAUAUUAUCUUGAUGUGAUGUGAUGAGAAACCUUUGAUACAUGUCUUCAACAAUCUUGUAGUCUUAUUGGUCGGAAGGAAGUACAACAUUUUAUAGAUUAAUUAAUAUCAACAAUAAAA